AUGAAGUACUCAAUACAAAGCAAAUACAUACUAUACAAAGAUCAACUAAUAAGUGGAUAUGUGUGCAUUGAGGAUGAAUUCAUCAAACAUAUAUUACAUGAGCCAAAUGAAUUAUUAAUUCAAUAUCCUAUAAAGUAUGUCUACGAAAAUCAAGUGCUAAUGGCUGCAGCUAUAGAUACUAAUGUAUCUUUAACUAUGUGGAAUCAUAUUGAAGAAUUUACUAAGUAAGAUGUUUACACUAAAAGAUUGGCAAUUGUAGGAGGUACAUCAUUGAUUGUGAAUAAACCUUACUAACUGAAUUUAGAUAUGGAUUCAAAUGAAACAUAUUAGAUGUAAAUCGAAUAACUGCAAUCCAAAUCAUAAACUGAUUUUAUUUAAAUGGCCAAAAUUAAACAAAAAGAGGAUGUACACACUCAAGUCCUAUAUUUCCAUAGAUCGAUUAACUAGUGAAGCAAGGUGCAUUUUGUUUUGAUUGUCAUCUUUUGCCAUCCUAUGCAGGAACAUAUUUUAAAGAUCUAUAGUAAUUACAAUAAGUUUUGUUACUAUUGCCAUCUUAAACAUGUCUAUUUAUACACACUUAAACUACUGUAGACAAAGAUCUAGGUAUUACAUCACCAUUCAGAAGUAAACCAUUUGCUGAAAGAUUAAAUAUAACUUAAUUAGAUUUAGUUGACGCUGAUGGAGUAUCAGGAUCAUGUAUUAGUGAUGAUGAAAAUAUACAAAAUGAUGAUCCAAAAUAUUUGUAAUAAAUGGAUUACCUUGAUGAGAGUAAUUCUCCAAUAAAAGAAAUAGGUAUGUUUCUAAAGUAAUGACUAGUUAAAAAAUAUAAGAAUUCCGAUGAAAAGAGAAUUUCAGAAUUUGAUGAUUAAUAUGAUACUCCCUAGUCUCCAAAACUGUAAUCUAAUAUAUAUAAAAUAAAAUCUAAAUAGAUUACUGAGCAAUCAUAAAUAUCUUUAAUAAGUAGAGCUGAACUUAUAACCUAUAAAGAGGCUCCAAAAAUGGAAUAAAAUUAUAAAUUUCCAUGUGAUGAUACAGAUAGUAUAUAAUCAUAGUAAUAACAACAACAAUAAUUAAAAUAAUAAUAUCCAUAAUAUAAGAUAGAAACUAAACUUUCAACUCAAGAUCAGGAAUCACCGUUAGGAUCAAAAAAAGAUUCUAAUCAAUAAGAUUCUAAUUAAAAACACAGUCCCUAAAUGUCCAUACAAUCUUCAGAUAUAUCUUCACCAGAGAGUUUGUCUUUAAAAUCUGAAUGUCGAUUAAGAUCAAGAGCUUAAACUACUUAAGGACUUUUAUAAAGGAGAUAAUCAAAAACUGGAUUUGCCUUAGUUUUACAUUAAGUUGAAGAUAAAUCAAAUGGCAAACAUGGUUCUGGAGACAUGUUAUUAUUAAACUUCUCAGAAUCAAGACCUCGAUAAAAUUAAAAUAAUAAUAAUAGGUUUAAUAGAGAUUAUCUAUGUUUUUUAGCUUUUCGACCUGCUACUUGGGAAAAAUUUGCAAUUUAAAAAAUAAAAAAGAUAAUCAAAUAAUAAUUUAAAUGUAACAUUAUUUUUAAUGGAUUUUCUUCUUCAUUUUCUUUAGUGGAAAUAAAAGAACUUAUCAACAAUUAAAUAUUUAGUGAUAUAGGAUAUCCUUAUCUUUUAUUAGAUAGUGAUGAUAUAAAUGAUGGAGUAACUAAAUUCAAAUCUGAUCCACCUAUUCGAUAAAAAUAUAAUAAAUAAUUAUUAUAAAAAGCAAUUUCAUAAAAUAAUUGGAUCAGUAGUAUUUCAAGUUAACAUUUAUAUGUUAAUGGUUUGUAUAAAUUUGAAGAAUAAGGAGAUUUUCGAAAAGCAGUCAGUGGAUUGUGUAGUUUAGGAUGCACUUUUCAAGCUUUAUGGACUUUAUUAUUUUGUAAAAAGAAUCAAGAUCCAAAUAUUAUUAAAUAAGUCUUCUAUAAUUAAGACAUAAAUAAUUCAAAAUAUAAAAGAAUAGUUUUAAAACUUAUUUAAUUAUAAUAACUUGUAUCCAAAGGACCAGCAUAAUAUUUAAAUCUCAAAGAUAGAGGUAGUAUAGAAGUUGGAAAAGUAGCCGAUUUAGUUGUAUUUGACCCCUUAAAGGCAUGGAAAAUGAAUUUCGAAAAAAUUAAUCAUAACUUUACUUUUUCUAUUGACAAACACAUAUUUAAAAAUAGACUAUUCUUAGGUUCUGUUGAUUCAGUUUUUAUUAGAGGUAUAUAAAUUUUUUAAUUUAGGUGAAAUAAUUUUAUAUUAAGAAAAUCAAAUAAUAUCUAUUUAAAAUAGAAAAGGAAUUUAAAUAAUAUUGAAAUGA